AGUUCGAUUAGUAAUGACGUAAUCACCGCAUUGAUCCUGUUGAGACGGAAAAUGAGGGAAUCCUGCAGAGCUGAAGGUACAUUCAGGUGAAAUAAUGUCACUUUGGGUGCUUUUACCUGUCACUCUGCCUCUCUGCACCAUCUCGGGAGUAUGGAUUGUAUAUGCCAUGGCAGUGUAUAACCAGCACGUCUGCCCUAUAAACAACUGGGUGUAUAACUCGUCCUGUGAGGAGCCUCUGGUGAUGCAGAGUGGACAGUUUCGCUGCUGCACUCUGGAUAACAUCCCUCUCAUCAGUAAGUGUGGUGUGUUUCCUCCAGAGAGUUGCUGGUUUAGUCUCCUCUGCAGUAUCGGAUCCUUCAUGAUCAUGCUGAUCGGUCUGAUCCGCUACGCCCAGGUGUUGGAGCAGCAGAAGCAGGACAGUGUGUUGAACAUGAUGGGGCUCUGCUCAGGCUGGCUCUGUGCUGCAGGACUCAGCAUGGUGGGAAACUUCCAGGUAGACUUUGCUAAGGUGGUACACUACGUGGGAGUGAUUCUGGCUUUCCCAACCAGUUUGCUGUUCGUGUGUGUGCAGACAAUUGUGACUUACCGUCUGGCAAAAACGUGCACACACUGCCGAACCGCCCACCUCCGACUCAUCCUCAGUCUGCUCGCCCUGAUCCAACUUCUUCUCUGUGCCGUGUUCUUCCUGCAGGACAGCUUCACUCUGCAGCACGCCGCCGCUGUGUGUGAGUGGCUCUUCGUCAUCACCGUGCUGCUUUUCUACGCCACGUUUGUUAUGGAGUUUUGCUCGGUGUCUGAAAACACUUUGGUGGUUCUGAUCCAAAGAGGGAAGCUCCAGGGUCUUUCUCAAAACCAGUGUAAGGAAGAGAAAGCUUGAUCGGUUAGUCGGUUUUAGGACUCGGAUUAAUAAAUCAGUGAGGGAUGAAGGUUAAUGAAUAAAUACUCUGUGACUGUAUGGAUCAGCUGUUUCUGUUCAAACAUCUUCAAAUGGACUACACAAGCCUUGGCUCUAUGAUGAAGUGCGAGAUUCCUUCUAAUGAAAGCACUGAAAGGAACAAGGUGCGAUUCUUUAUAUUUAAUACACAGUACAAUGUUAUGUAUCAUAUUCU